AAAACCAGCUUUUUGCCCCCUUUUGGUCUUUUCCCAAAUUGAGAUCUCCAUUCCGAUUGCCCUUUGGUUCGUGCCCUCGAUCCUCGAACCGAAGGCGCAUCGCGUCAAAUUUCGCCGUACCUUAUCGAUCGUUGACUGUUCUUGUUUGUUCUGAUUUUCUAGGGUUAGGAUUCUGAAAAUUGUGGUUCAAUGAUUUCUGUUUAGAUUUGCAGCUGAAUUUGUUUUUUUUUUUCAACUUAUUGAUUGAUUAUUAUCCUUUCUUUGCGUGGGCUAAAUCGAAUUCUUUGUUUAGGGUUCCGAGGGUCCGCCUUCUUAGCUGUAGGGAUUCGAUUCUUAGAUUUGUUACGAGAGUUUCUUUUUUGGAGUUGUUUGAUCCUCCCCUCGUGACAUAUUUGUUUGCGGCGGUGGAGAUUUAGGGCUGUGUAUUUAUUGGUGGUUCUUUAAACUGAAAGCUUCAUUCUUUGUCUUUGAUUUUCUAAUUGAUUUAUUGUAAGUUGCAAGAAUAGCCUGCCACCUGAAAUAAAACUUUAGUUGCUUUUAUUUACCUGCAUAAACUCGUGUCCGCCGUCCCUAUAUAACAAUUUCAUAAAAUUUAAGCUGUCCCCGGUGGAUUGGAGGCCCCAGCUCAUAUUUCUUGAGGCAUUCUCUGGGUCGGCUAUUGAGAGCUUGAAGAUGUACAACAGGCAGCCUUGUGUUACCGACGACUCAUACCAGCUUUCCUAUGAACACCUGAGGCAAAUGGAGUGUGCUGGCUAUUUUCGGGCAUCCACAGAAGUUUCUCCAUUUAAAUUUGUUUCUGGGAAACAUCACGUGUCUGAUAAGGAGUGUUUUGACAGCAGGGAAGAUCCUAAGGCUAGUCUUGAGGGUGGGGGUUAUCAUAUUUGCUCAGUUGCUAAAGACAUGGAUUACAGAAUGAGAACUGAUGGCAUAUCCAGUAUGUUCACUGACGUUACUUCUUCGCUUGACUAUGCCGUUACUUCUUCGCUUGCAGCAGAAAGAUCCUUGGGAACUGAAGCAGUUGAGAAUGGUAAACGGUCUUCAAGCUAUUUUUGCGACGACGCGGUGAAUAAGCGGGCAAGGCAAGAUAAUGAAGCAGGGAAGUUGGAACAGCUUCAUGAAAACUCUUUUGUUAGUGUUCCCCCCGAGGGAAAACUUCCAGAAGAGGCAGAAUGGAGAAGAGCAGCAGUUGGUGUGGAUGCUCAUGAUAAAAGCUUUGAAGCAGAUAAUUUGACACUCCCUUCGUUAACAUCCAAUCCGGCGGAAAUGGCUACCGGGCUUGAUCAACCUUCCUGGUUCUCUUUAUAUCCAGGAUAUGAAAUUGAUCACCGAAUAAUGGGAUUUGAUCAGCUGGAAGAUACUUAUUUCCAAUUUUCUGAUCAUUCCCAUCGGCGACAUGUACCAGUCGGACCAGUUCAUCAAGCAGAUCUUCCAAACUGGAUAACUCGGGAUUCUAAUAUUGCUUCAGACAAUGGAACGACUUCAUAUGCUGGUCCUGAUGAAGCUAGUGCUGAUAAGUGGCUAGGAACCUGUGUCAUGCCUAUGCCUGACCGCGACUCCAUUGCUAAGGAUGUUCCAAGCUGUAAGAUUGUUUGUGAUUGCACUGAUGAAGGUUCCAUCAACUGUGUGAGGAAGCAUGUGAUGGAAGCCAGGGAAAAUCUUAUUAGAGCAUUGGGACAGGAAGAGUUCAUACAAAUGGGAUUUUCCCACAUGGGAGAGAGUGUUGCCCAAACAUGGACUGAAGAGGAGGAAAAUCUUUUCCAUGAAGUGGUGUUAUCAAAUCCUGAAUCAGCAGGAAGGAACUUCUGGGCAGCGCUCCGCAAGGCUUUUCCAUCCACCAGUUUUAAAGAGUUGGUCAGCUACUACUUCAAUGUUUUCGUGCUCCGUAAACGGGCCCAUCAGAACCGGUUCGAUCGGUCGAACGUGGACAGCGACAAUGAUGAGUGGCAAGAAAGUAGCGACGUUGAAUUUCCGUUGUCCGAAGAAGGAGAAGAGGAAUGCGAGGAGCCUCUCGUCGGAAUCGAGGGGGACGAAGGUUCGGCCAUACAAACCAUUGAUAGAAACUCAACAGAUUCUGCUGAGAAUCAACAUGUUCAAGUUGACUCCUCUACUUCCUAUGAGGGUCUGAAUAUCUUGGAAUGUGGAGAUGAUGGAAUCCUAAACAUGGCUGAUUAUGAGCAUAGUAACGCCCAUGGUGAUUCAAAACCCUGGAAAAUGAACUCUGUUGGAGCAAACAAUGAAGAUAUUGAUUGCUUUCCAACUCACAAUGUAAUUGAAUAGGUCUUUGUGAAGGGAUCUCUUCAGGGAAAAGCUGCAAGAGAUGGUUCCUGAAUUGCUCUGAAACGGCUGGAAAUACUCGCUGCAUUCAGGUAUUCCAUACUGGUGGAUCAAUCUCAAUCCAUUUUUUCACUGUAAAUCCAUGUCGCAGUUUAGGUAGGCCAGGUCCUAUCUUCUUAAAAUCACAAUUUCAUGAUUCUGCUAGAUGCGCAUAUGCAGAAGUUCAAAUUUUUUCUAUUGUAUUUUUUUUUAUUUUAUAAUUUUAACCUUUCUUUAUAUUUUUAUUUUUAUAUGGAAGGAAAAAAUGUAAUGGACUCUAAGAAAAUUAAGAGAAAUAUUCUUAGCCUUCCAGUAUUCAUUAGAAAUACUGUUUUAUUGUUUUGAUUUGUAAGCUCUUGUUUUGGCAAUAUCUUGUAGCAUUUUUGUCAGUUGUCCUUC